AAGUUUAAAAAAAAAGUAUUUAUUUAUUUAUAUCUCGUACGGACAUUAGUUUCCAGCUGGUGUCUUGUCAGCAAAAAGAUCAAAUUGUUUUGUCUGAAAACAUAUCUGAAACAAAAAUCGUCAUCCAAGUGCGGAUUUGUCUCGGAGAUGUCUCUUCGUGCUUUCAUGCCCGUCGAGACAUUGACCUAAUCUCCGACAACGACCAACGGAACAAGAACACAAACAUCAAACGAUCAAUGUGGAUUACGAGGUUGAAGAGAGUUAGGAGAACGAUAUUGGUUCUCGGCAUUGCCAAUUUGGCCGUCAUUGUCUCCGGCUGUGUUCUGACUCUCGUUUCCAACUCAAACUGCGACAGCGCCUCCCAGCUAUUCCCCCUCUACGCUGUUUGUUUAGCCGCAUGCGUCAAACUAGCCUCCAUGGUUAAGGUUGCCACUACACAGGAACUCAUGGCUAUCACCAUCAUGGAUUCUCCUACUCAGAUCAGCCUCGAUAGAAAGAUGAAGUAUAAGACAUGGCUUUGGUGGACUCGGUUUGCAAUGGUAAUAACUCUACUGCAGUUUCUUGGUGCAACUUACCUUAUGUUCCGUGUCUCCACAUUCGUUUCCCCUGAUGGCAUGCCAAGACAUUGCGUUUUAGGGCUAUCUCCAGAGACUCGUGGGUGGAAGCAAAGGCUGCAGGCUUCCUUCUUGAUCACAGUUUGCUUCGUUGCGUUGGCUCAAUGCUUCACGGGAUCAGAUAUAUUGCAAUGGCGGUCUUUCUACGCAACUCAAGAUGAUGCAUGGAAAGCUCAUUACCAGGAGGUGUUUGACCAUGGGAUUCGUGAAGUUUUGUGCUGUCUUGGACGCCGUGAAUAUAUGGGUGUUAUCGAGGAAGAUGAAGUGUGUUCAGUUGCAAGACUGUUGGGUGAUCUUGUUUCAUAUAGAGCAUCAGGCACUGGCCAUUUGGAGUUUUUGGCAGGCCUUGCUCUGUUGCAGAAUAAUAGCCAGUUUCCUAAAUCAUAUGAUGAGGACUGUAUGGAAGCUCCAGCGUUUCAUCUUCAGGAGGCUGCUACGUUUCAUAAAUUUGCUGAAGCUGCUUAUACUGGGCCACUGCUUGAUGUUGGGAGAAACCCUGCCUUGUUUUUAUGCACAUGGGUCUGUAGGCAAGGGAUCUUAACACCUUGGAGCCGUAAAUGGAGGCCUAAACUUGAUGGUGAUAAUUGGUGGAGAGGUCAUGCAGCUGCCUUCCUUAAGUUUAUAGAUUUCCCUGCUCAUGUUCUUCGCCGAGGUCGAAUUUGUAGUGAGAAGUGUAAAGCAACAUACUUCGUUGUAGUCUUACAUUAUCUUAGAUGUGUUGUAAUUGCUGUUCGAGGAACUGAGACGGCUGAAGACCUCAUAACUGAUGGUUUAGGUCGUGCUUGUUCACUAACUCCUGAAGACUUGGACGGCCUAGCAAAUCGCAUUCGUGUUAUGGAUUCUUCUCGUACACACUACGGGCAUUCGGGAAUAGUAGAAGCUGCGAGAGAUCUAUUUACGCAAAUAGAAGGAGACCCUGGAGAGUCAGGAUCUAGUGGCUUCCUGUCCUCGUUGAUUGGUGAUGGAGGCGAGUGUGCUGGCUACAGCAUUCGCAUCGUUGGGCACUCCUUAGGAGGUGCUAUUGCCUCCUUAUUAGGAAUUAGACUUCGUUGCAGAUUCCCUGACCUAUAUGUAUAUGCCUACGGUCCCCUCCCAUGUGUAGAUCAAGAUGUGGCAGAGGCAUGUUCUGAAUUUGUUACAAGCAUCGUACUGGAUAAUGAAUUCUCAUCACGCCUUUCGUAUGGAUCAAUCCGCCGACUACAAGUAGCAGCAAUCAAAGUCCUGUCUCAAGAUCCUAAAGCUGACACAGCACUCAUUUUCAGACUCGCACGCCGGUUCUUGUCUGCUAGCAAACGGCACAGACAAAAUGAUGUCCAAGAACAAACUACAGGAGAAGCUAUACCAUCAAUAGUAGUUGUUGACGAUUCACAAGAAGAAGCAGUAGCAGAAAUGAGGCAACAUGAUGAGGAAUUCAUUAAUCCGUUCCACGAGACGGCGGUCUCAACAGAUAGUCCUGUCUCUCAGUUUAUAGGAACAGUUCAAACAAGAGUAGAUGAUGAAGCUCCGGAGAUGUUCUUGCCUGGUUUAGUCAUCCAUAUUGUACACGAAGGAAACAACAUGAGCGUGCCUAUAUGGCGAGGGUGGCCGAUAUGUGAUGUGCCAGAUGGUUACAAAGCUUAUGUUGCAAACAGAGAGAGCUUCAAAGAAAUUAUGGUUUCUCCAUCAAUGUUCCUUGAUCAUCUUCCCUGGAGAUGCAGACACGCAAUGCAGAAGGUUUUAGAAUCUCGCAAUCUCUACUGCGACCUGACUAGUGAUCUGACAUAGUAUGACACAAGACAUGAAAGAUGUUUCGAUUAAAUAACAGCAGAAUGUGCAUAUAUGUUUUCCUAACCAAACAUUCAAACAACAUUACUGAAUGAACAAUGUCAUUUACCUUCAUAAUGGAAUUAGUUAUUUCUAUUUUUGGCAAAGGCCACUAAAAUAAAAUGGUUAAUAUUUAGAUGGUA